UUAGGUUUCCUCAGUGAAUUUCUCUCAGAUAUUGUGGAUUUGAAGCCAGAAAACAUGGAAGACCUCAGUGAGGUGAUCACAGUGGCCGAGUUUCACCCUCACCACUGCCACCUGCUGGCCUUCAGCAGCAGCACAGGAACCACUCGCCUCUGUGACAUGAGAGCUCGCGCACUCUGUGACCAACAUGCCAAACUGUUUGAAGAGGCAGUGGAUCCAUCCCGCCGAUCGUUCUUCUCCGAGAUCGUUUCCUCAGUGUCAGACGUGAAGUUCAGUCAUAGCGGCCGCUACCUGCUCACUAGAGAUUACCUCACCGUUAAAGUCUGGGACCUCAACAUGGAAAAUAAACCAAUGGAAACAUACCAGGUCUCUCACCUACUCACUCAUUCACUCACACAUUUACACAAGCCGAGGCCUCACAAAGUUCCAGGCCUCUCAGUGCAUACUACCAUG